UUAAGGUGGGCCCUUCUUAUUCAAAUAAGCCUUCUUUGCGGGAGUAGGUUUGUUGUAUUUCGUAUUAUUUAAAUCAUACGUUUGACAUCUUUGCAAAACACAGGCUAAUCAGUCUACGGAUUUGCAUAUUACAGUGUACGCAUGUGUCGAAAGCCAUAUGUUUCAUAUUGUGAAUUGGAGAAAAACUAUACGACAUAAUUUUGCGAACCAGCGGCGGCGGUCGAACACGAAGAUGCUUCGUCCGGAUAACUUAGGCUUAAAUUUGGAAAUUCAUCCUGACGCGUUGGUAAUGAAUCAAGCGAGCAGAGCGGGAAAGACUCCUGAGGAAAGUCGAAUUUUGAAAGCCAAAGAUUACAAGCUACCUGUAUUUACAAGAUACCGUGAAGGUACCUGCAAAGAAAUGUUUCAUUUCGUUCAAGUUGUUGCUCCGAAGUUCGGCUCGGCCGCGCACCCGGAAGAAAGCAGCGAGACUGAAAAACGUACCAUGGAAAAAAUCGUGAGCGCUCUUAACAACAUGAAACCUAAACCGAGGUUUUUACUGGUGCAGGGAAAUUAUACAAAUGCGAAGCCGAACGAGAAAGAAUAUUUUCCACAGCUAGAGAGUUUUAAGUCCGCGUUUGAGAAUUUAAGCGCGGAAAUUCCGGUUGUGUGUGUCUGUGGUCCGACUGACUGCGGUGAUCCACCGACCUUAGGUAGCCUUGAGACAUAUCGUAAUACCUUUGGCGAUGACUGGUUUGCUUUUUGGGUAGAGGGUGUUCAAUUUUUAGCCGUGAACACGGCGUUUUACAAACACUCCAGCGCCGAGACGGAAAAUUUGAAGGCAGAACAACAAGAAUGGCUGGAAUCAAAGCUGUUGGAAUCCCAGGUGAACCCACCCAAGCAAAUAAUUAUUUUACAAACUAUACCCUGGUUUAGAAAAUCCAUUGACGAAGAGAACGAUUUGGGAAACAUUGAUUCUAGCGACAGACAAGAAAUCGCCCCGAAACUUGUUGAAGCCAACGCGAAAUACGUUUUCGCCGGUUUCUUGAAUGGCGUCGGGAAGGACAAAGAAUUAGAGAUCAUUCAAACGAGUUCUUUGGGAAAGUCAGAUGAAGUAGAAAGUCAAGGUUUUCGUGUCGUUAAAGUUAAACCGAAUGGCCGAGUUGAACAUAAAUUUUUCGCCCUGGACAACUCCCCUAUCGAUCUAAAUUUAGAAUUGUAAUAUUUAUUGGUUCAAAUCUUUCCAGCUGCAGGUUCUCCAGUGACCUCCAGUUAGAUCUCAGAAUUUUAAGAUUUUAAAAUAAGUACUGUUGUUGUCAUAAGCGGAGUGAAGGAAUUAUAACUAGAAAAUUUGUGAAGCCGGGAAAUGUUUGGCGACAAGAAUUUGAAAAUCACUCUGAGAAAUGAUUCGGAUCAAUGAAUCGUUGAAAGAGAAAACACUUUAGUCAAAUAUUUGAUGGCGGAUGCUGUCAGCUAGUAUUAAAUAAACCUAAACACUACAAGAACUCGAUUUGUAUUUAUUUAAAAACUGAGUGAACUUCUAAAAAAAAUGUACCACGGAGAUUACAGUAGAAGAGAUCAACUCAGCGCUUUUCUAUUAAGCAUUGAAAUCAAACAACAGAAAUUUUCCAUAUUCCGGCUUCGUGGCAUCUUGAAUAAUCAGAAUCAUAGAGGGUUUCUGAUUUGCCUUGGUAAUUUUUUACUUCAGUGAUGCAACUUACAAUAGAGUUACCUGUAGAAGCUUUUCAGGUAAAAAUUCAUUGUUAGCUUACUUUAGAUAUAUAGGAAAUUGCUUCGCUGAACUAUACACUUUUAAUGACCUACAUUACACAUUUGCUUGCGUGAUAAUUCUCUUUAUCUGCUUGCUUCGGGCAAUUUCCUCUGCUGAAUUUGUUUCCGCAUUUCAUUUCGCGAAAUCACCAUCAACCAAAUGUAAUUUGAAAACCCUUCCAGCGCCCGCAGCUCGGAAUAAUAAUUCUGGUAUUUGAUUCUACGUAUUUCUUUCAACGGUUAGUUUUGAAAACGCGAUGCAACGUUAAGGAACAUUGUUGCAGAAACAUUGUUUGUGAAAAUUUUUUCUUGAUGCGCAAAUGGAAGAAGCAAGGCGAUAAUUCUGAAAAAAACUCAGAAUCAUUUUUACCUCAAGGGAACAAAAUUUGCUUACACCAUAUUUAUUGCGAAUACGCGCAAAUCACGUAAAUUUGUUCGAAAAGGUGAUUUUCCACAACAAUGUUUCGGAAACUGUUUUCUUGUUUGCGGGUUAUUUUUGCUGAUCGUUUUCAUUGUUCUCGCCACCUGCUAGCUGGACACUGCCUCGAUAUUGUGAGGAGAAAUCGCUAGUGGAGCACCGAGUCCUAAAUGACCUUUAGCGUUACUUCAUCAAGAAAGACGUAAUAAAAUAUCAAAAACAUGUGGAUAUAACGUACUCGCCUUAUCUCUCGGAAUUUGGUUUAUAUUAAGAUAUUUGUGAAGCA